AUGGAGGCCACCGAAUCGCGGUCCUCGCCCGAUGGACUCGCCUUCAGUGCGCGCUCUCCGCAGCGCGACCAGACUCCGCGCAGUCCGCUGAGUCCCAGAAGCCCAGUCGCUGCCCGCGAUUCUAGAUCAGUAAGACCGCCUAAACUGGGAAGCGGAGGAAAGGAAGGUCAGAGUGCCACUACUGGGUCAGGAGGAAAAUGGACGAACAAGAUGCGCCAACAAGGGCCUUCAACAAAACCAUUAUUACCGGCUACAGAAAGGAUAUCUGAGGAGGAGAGGAAUCAGGUCCCGAUACGCCGCAUGAGAACUGACAGCUCUGCCGAUGACAAAUUCGAAAUCGCCCCCGAUGGAGGCUCUGCCGGACGUGAAGGACGACAGUUCACCGUUGCCAACGUGGGCAACAACGGCCGGAUCUAUCUGAGACCAACUGUUCGUCCUGCCAACCAGAGAUAUCCACAGCCAAAUUUUGUCUUUCCCAUAACGCCUCCUGGGACGGCCGGUCUAGACGCCUUGACUGAGAAGCAGAGACAAAAAGACGCAAGCGACCUUCAUCUGAGCCAAUGGACCGCUACGCCACCAACUCCUGCAACGCCUGCAACGGCUACCACCCCCCCAACGGCGACGAACAGUCGCUACUUUUCUGGUCAUGCCCCGAGACCCUCUCAACACAGACGGGCUCACUCUGACUCGACAGCCCACGACGGCACCACCACGAGUAGGGACUCUGAGGCCGAAGGCUUCAAAAUCGUCAUCUCCAAGCCGGGCGAUGAACGGCGGGCCAAAACCACGGAGGAUCUGGAUGCGCCGCACAUCCCCCUCCUAGACAUUGAGAUUCCAACCUGGAAAUUAGGCAACCCACGAUUCACCGCCAGAGGUACCCCGUUCUUUAGAGGAUCGAGUUACGCCCCGACAGAGGAGUUUCCCCGCUCCAGUAAUGUUUCCUUCCUCCAUCGGUCUCAGACCGGCGAACUCACUCCAAGAAUACCUGCGUCAAUAGCGUCCAAGAAGCCUAGUCCCAUCUCGAUUCCUCAAAUACGCCUGCCGCCCAUGGAACCCGCUAGACACAAUGACCCCUUCAGUCCCGCUCCCAUGGCAACAUCUCGGCUGCCUGCUAUCCGCUCAACCUAUAUGUCGACCCAUCUGGUCAUCGAACCAGCCAUGUUUGAUGCCCUCACCUUCAAACCGACAUGCGACGACAGAUCGAUAGUGCGAUACUCCCCGGCAACGGGCGCAGUGACAGCCGCCACCCCGCCUCGUCUCGUGGCCGAGUUCACCUCUCCAUGCUUUCUCGACUAUGAACUCAUCUCCGACUUUUUCCUCACGUAUCGAUCCUUUCUCGAGUCGGGCGACCUGCUGAAGAUGGUGAUGGCGCGCCUGCGAUGGGCCUUGGGCCGAAACGAUGAGACCGGAAUGGUAGUCCGAGUGCGAACUUUUGUUGCCAUGCGUCACUGGAUUCUCAACUACUUCAUGGACGAUUUCGUGAUCGAAUACGGCCUUCGCGUCUCGUUUUGCAACCUCCUGAACGACAUGGUGGACGAAUUGUCAACAGAUCCUCGGGGUCGCAAGGUUCAACUCAAGAUCUUGGCUGAACUGAAGAAAUGUUGGCGGCGGGUGUGUGCUCAGUUUUGGGAUGGUCCAGAGUUCGAACCUUCUCUUGGUCCAAAUAUACCUAUAGCUCCAGGUGGAAUUGCAGGCCACAGAAACGCCGGCCUGGAUCCAUCCUUCUGGGAGAGAGAAGACGCUGCCCCUCAGCUGGAUAGCCUGUUUGCGCCAAUCCCCGAGGACAAGGAACAGACAAGCUUCUACGCCGACGUGUCCCGCGCGGGUCACAUUGCUGACUCUCAACCCAUUGUUGACAGACCCGCUACACCAGAGAAUCACCAUGUUCACGAGAUCGACAGACGGUUGGCGGCUUCACCUACGAGUAUCGCCAGCAUGGACAUCAUCUCCUGCUCUUUCCCGGGUAAGAACUCGAAAGGAGCUCAACAUGGCAACAACUACACGUUGGGUGCUCACCCAGUGGCACCCGCUAGCUCGGUUUACUCCAGCGCAGGCCCAGUGGCAACGACUCCACGCGCUCUUGUUGGGAAGCGCGUUCGGGCAGGCCACGGGCAUAAGAGAAACGGCAGCCUGACGGACUCGCUCAGAGAAAGGGAGCAUAGCACUGAAAAAUCGGGUCUUCAGGACACCGACUUUCUUUUGUCACUGCCUUUUGCUGGCAGCCUGGUUCGAGGAAAUCUGAUGCCUCCAGGCCAACCGUACGUCGAGGUUAUGUCGCCUAGCCUUGCCGGUGAUUUCCAGCGCCACACCACCGUCUUCCAAGUGCCGGGAGAACAGAGGAGCGCAUCCGCAAUGUCUGGCCAGGGCAUGAAGAAGCUGAUCGGCAGUGUCCGACGCGCAUUGAGCAGCCGUGGGCAGGGCGUUUCCCCGACGCAGGGCAACUUCAUUAAUAUUUCCCCCAUAGGUCCCCGUGGCGCCACGACAAAUCGAUUGCCUGGAACCGCGAUAGUCCCUCAAGCUAGGCCGCAACAAAACGGUAUCCGUCCUCCUGUACGCAUAGACCUUCUCGGUGCGGAGGUCGUGGAGGACUUCAAGAAGGCUGUCCGAGAAGAUGCCGCUGCAGAUGCUGCGGACGAAGCCGCAAGACGCGGGCAUUUAGAUCCCACCGCUGCUGCUCUACACAGGGCAGUAUCCGAACAAGAUCUCGAUUAUUCAGGGGCUCACAUAGUUUCUUCUUUCGGAAGCAUCCCGGAGGAUGAUGUGCUGAGACCCGUCAGCGACAUGGCUAUCACAACCGGCAGCAAGUCUAUUGUCAUUGUCGACGAUACACUCCAGUUCUCCUUGCCAGCAAUGCAUGGAGCGUUACCCGCCACUGAGUCCGUGGAAGCCUUUGCCGACACGUUUCUGCCACCCGGUGCGGAUCCAACACCACCAAACACGCCUCCGGGCCAUGCGAUGGGCACACCUCGACGGUCGUCUUACUUGCUCAACCAACAUGUUGUCAGACCUUCCAUUUCGGUAGAUCCCUUGCCUCCCUUCGUGCCUGACUUGACAACUCUGGGCAAUGGCCCAAGCGCCCGUCCUUCUAUGGAUACCGAUCGUCCUUUAUCUGAGUUCAACGGGCCCGCUUCCAGCCGUCCAACCCUGAUCAGGUCAACGAUGAAUCACACCCGGCAAAAGUCAAGCAGGACGAACAGAUCCCUCGAUUCGGCUGCGAUUCACCGGCGGACUGCCUCAUUUGAAAGUACCUUCAACCCGCGAUCAACCGUCAAGAGCUUCGACGCGACCACAUAUACUGAAGGCUCCGUGACUGAUGGGGAUGAGCCGAGCCCCGUACCUGAGCCUCUUCGGAUCUUGAGACGGCGGCCAGGGGGAGACUUACGGGCAAUCAACAACGUGGGUGACGGGGACGCUCUACCUCUGCGUAAGUCGCGGUCAGCCGGCUCCCUCACAACUUAUUCGGAAUCCAUGCGAAGUUCCUAUUUGCAGAGCCCCAGGCAUGAUUCCAGCGCUUUUGUAGACGUCGUUUCGAGCGAGUUCUCCCACCGGGGAGAAGCAGAUAACUUUUCCCUCGGCGCAAUGGCAGAGCCAUCGGCAAAACGACAACUGUCGCUCUUCAGCACGCACUCGUCCAAACCCAUCAUGCGUCCUUCAUUCGAAGCUGAGGCGCAGAAGCUGGCACAAAUCCCUGACGAUGAAGACGACGGCGGAGUAGAAUCGGCGUUGGCCAAAUUGGAAGGAAAGUAUGAAAAGAAGUCUUUCAAAUUGUCCAUGGAGCCCACAAAUGCUCCCCUCUAUGUUCCAGACGCUGUAACGGAUCUCGAAGGGGAGCCCGAGGCUCAAAAGCAGGGCAAGAGGGGACAUCGUCACUUGCAUGUCCUCCCUGUGGACGCCGUAGUGGUCCAACAAACCGAGGGAUCGGAGCCCCGUUCCAGUUUCCUCGACGUCCCCGACAGACCCCAAACCGAAGCUAGUUCGUUCUUGUCAGAUAACUCGGCAGGGUCGUACUGCUCCAUCCCACUUCUUGAACGUGGCUUGGCAGAUGAUGGGCAGAGCAAAGCGUUCGCCCGUGAGUGGACCAACAUGUCUGUUCUUCAAGACCCGGAGGAAGAUUUAUCAUCAGCAGUGACUCCACGACCGAUGUAUGAAGGAUCGUCUCACACAUCUUCCUACGAGUUUAUCCGAAAGACAGAAAGCCUGGAAAAGAUCAAGCUGGGUGACUCCCCACCUAGUGAGCAGUCAUUCUUGGACGACGAUAGUGAUGGAGAAGACCUUAGUUCCGACCUCUCAUCCGAGCUAUCAGUAGAGAUGGUCGAGCCCGAAGAGUUUGCCAUGAACCAGACACAGCCUCUUCCGGACCGCAAUGCGCACCGCAGUGCAUCCAUUUUGGAGUUCGAUCCUCGCCCCUUGAGAGAGUCAGCCAUCGGCCCUUCAGACAGCCGAGAACCUCCGUCGCCGCCAAUGACGCUUGUCCAGGCUCUUCAGAUGUCGCCUGAGGCAGUCAUGGUUCCAGAGCUUCACGAACACCAGGUGUAUCAGCAAAAGCCCCUACCACCAACUCCCGACACCACUCCUGGGGCUGUUAAUUUGCCCAGCUCACCAUUGGAUCCCACCGGCACCAGGGAAGCAUUGCGUGGGCAACCAAAGUAUUCUGAACGUGAGAGGGAAUCCUCGAGAUUCUCUGUCCACUUGCCGUUCACGCUUGCGUUUGACUCGGAGAUUCUGGCGCAGCAGUUCACGCUGAUCGAAAAGGAUGCUCUCAAUGAGAUUGACUGGAAGGAACUCAUCGACAUGGGCUGGAAGAACGCAACCAACAAUGACUCUCGAUCAUGGGUUGACUUCCUCCGCAAUACGGACGCUCAUGGCGUUGAAGUUGUCAUUGCACGCUUCAACAUCAUGGUGAAGUGGGCAUGCAGCGAGAUCGUGUUGACCCAAAACAUUGAAGAGAGAGCACGGUGCAUCAUCAAGUAUAUUCACAUUGCUGCUCACUGCCGCCGAUAUCGCAACUUUGCGACCAUGAGUCAGAUCGCCAUCGCCCUGACUUCGAUGGAGAUAUCUCGACUCACAAACACCUGGGCCAUGGUGCCGCCUUACGAUAUGAAGACUUUACGCGACUUGGAAACUCUUAUCUCCCCUACGCGCAACUUUUACAACUUGCGUGCAGAGAUGGAGGUUGGCUCCGAUACAGGCUGCAUUCCAUUUGUAGGCAUUUACACUCACGACCUUCUCUUCAACGCCCAGCGACCCUCCGAGAUUGCCAGCUCCCCGACCACUGCACCGCUGGUCAACUUUGAGAGGUGCAGGUACGCCGCGACUAUUGUCAAGACACUGCUAAGGCUGCUCGAGUCUAGCACACUCUACCAAUUCCAACCGGUCGAGGGUAUUACCGAGAGAUGCCUAUGGAUGAGCGCUCUGAGCGACGAGGAGAUUCGCAAGCACUCUCAUCGUCUGGAGUAG